UAUAGCAAUUAUUUUAAUAAAAUAAUUCUGGUUUCAGUAUCAUAUCAAUAAGCUGUCAAUCAUGACGUCAGAGAAUCAUUUGAACAACAGUGACAAAGAAGUUGAUGAGGUUGAUGCUGCCCUUUCAGACCUGGAGAUUACUUUGGAAGGGGGUAAAACGUCAACAAUUUUGGGUGACAUUACUUCCAUUCCUGAACUUGCUGACUAUAUUAAAGUUUUCAAGCCAAAAAAGCUGACUCUGAAAGGUUACAAGCAAUAUUGGUGCACCUUCAAAGACACAUCCAUUUCUUGUUAUAAGAGCAAAGAAGAAUCCAGUGGCACGCCAGCUCAUCAGAUGAACCUCAGGGGAUGUGAAGUUACCCCAGAUGUAAACAUUUCGGGCCAAAAAUUUAACAUUAAACUCCUGAUUCCAGUUGCAGAGGGCAUGAAUGAAAUCUGGCUUCGUUGUGACAAUGAAAAACAGUAUGCACAUUGGAUGGCAGCCUGCAGAUUAGCCUCCAAAGGCAAGACCAUGGCGGACAGUUCUUACAACUUAGAAGUUCAAAAUAUUCUUUCCUUUCUGAAGAUGCAGCAUUUAAACCCAGAUCCUCAGUUAAUACCAGAGCAGAUCACGACUGAUAUAAAUCCUGAAUGUUUGGUGUCUCCCCGCUAUCUAAAAAAGUAUAAGAACAAGCAGCCAGGCUAUGUAAGAGAUUUGAUAACAGCGAGAAUCUUGGAGGCCCAUCAGAAUGUAGCUCAGAUGAGUCUAAUUGAAGCCAAGAUGAGAUUUAUUCAAGCUUGGCAGUCAUUACCUGAAUUUGGCAUCACACACUUCAUUGCAAGGUUCCAAGGGGGCAAAAAAGAAGAACUUAUUGGAAUUGCAUACAACAGACUGAUUCGGAUGGAUGCCAGCACCGGAGAUGCAAUUAAAACAUGGCGUUUCAGCAACAUGAAACAGUGGAAUGUCAACUGGGAAAUCAAAAUGGUCACCGUAGAGUUUGCAGAUGAAGUACGAUUGUCCUUCAUUUGUACUGAAGUAGAUUGCAAAGUGGUUCAUGAAUUCAUUGGUGGCUACAUAUUUCUCUCAACACGUGCAAAAGACCAAAAUGAGAGUUUAGAUGAAGAGAUGUUCUACAAACUUACCAGUGGUUGGGUGUGAAUAGAAAUAAUGUUUAAUGAAACUCCACGGCCAUAACAAUAUUUAACUUUAAAAGCUGUUUGUUAUAUGCUGCUUAAUAAAGUAAGCUUGAAAUUUAUCAUUUUAUCAUGAAAACUUCUUUGCCUUACCAGACCAGUUAAUAUGUGCACUAAACAAGCACGACUAUUAAUCUAUCAGGAUAUAAUAAACUUGAAUUUGGCACACAUUCCUUAGGGCCAUGAAUUGAAAAUUGAAAUAGUGGGCAAAUCAGGAACAAACCAUCACUGAUUUAAGCUGUAAGAAACAAGCCAUCUAUUUUAAAGCUAUCCAGGCCUUAACCUAUAUGAACUCUAUUUAUCAUGUCUAAUGCAUGUGUUUUAAUGUAUGUUUAAUUUGAUACCAUGUUUUAAAAUACCCUACUUCUGGUAGCCAUUUAAUUCCUUCCCCCCACCCCCAAAUAAAUCAGGCUUGCAGGAGGCCUGAUGUUUAAUAAUGUCAUUGUGUUUGACCUUGAAGGAAAAUGCUAUUAGUCUGUCGUGCUUGAUUUGUUUUUGUCCUUGAAUAAGCAUGUUAUGUAUAUUGUCUUGUGUUUUUAUUUUUACACCAUAUUGUAUUACACUUUUAGUAUUCACCAGCAUAAUCACUGUCUGCCUAAAAUAUGCAACUCUUUGCAUUACAAUAUGAAGUAAAGUUCUAUGAAGUAUGCAUUUUGUGUAACUAAUGUACAAACACAAAUUUUAUAAAAUUGUACAGUUUUUUAAAAACUACUCACAACUAGCAAAUGGCUUAAAUGUAGCAUCUCUGCAUUAAUUAAAUGCCUUUAAGAGAUAUAAUUAAUGUGCAGUUUUAAUAUCUACUAAAUUAAGAAUGACUUCAUUAUGAUGAUUUGCCACAAUGUCCUUAACUCUAAUGCCUGGACUGGCCAUGUUCUAGUCUGUUGCGCUGUUACAAUCUGUAUUGGUGCUAGUCAGAAAAUUCCUAGCUCACAUAGCCCAAAAGGGUGCGAGGGAGAGGUGGAUUACCAGUAUUGUUCAAUAAUCCAUGGUUCAAAGACUGUAUAAAUGCAUUUUAUUUUAAAUAAAAGCAAAACUUUUAUUUAAUA